UUGGUAUCAUUGGUAAAAACAGCUGUCAAAAACAUUAUUUGACACAUUAGAAAGUUAUUAUUUAUCAUUAUCAUGGAAUUUGGAUUUACUGAAAUACUUCAAAAUUACGGCUGGUUCAUAUUAGUGGGCGUUAUAAUCAUCGCCUACAUUUGGACUAAAUUGCAACCUUCUAUUCAAAAAUUCCUAGAAAAACGCGCUGAAGACGAAUACGCUGCAAAAUACCAUAAAAAUCCUGACUUAUUAGUGCAACAAUUAACAGCACAACAACUUCGAACAGAACGGCUUCAAGCACAACAUGAUAAAGAUGCUGAAGAAUUUAAGAAGAAACAAGAAAAGAAAGAAGCUAUGAAACGUGAACAAAUUUUAAAUGGAACAGGAAAACAAAAAUUGAAUGUGGGGCAUGUUUUAGGUUAUAAUCCUUUAAUGGGAGAUAAUACAAGAUCUUAUAAACCAGUUCGGAAAAGUCCUUGUGGUGGAGGUGGAUGUGGGAGAUAAAGUUAUCUUUAACAUAUUUUUGUAUAAAAAGAACUUGAUUAUAAUAUAUUAAUUAGUUCAAUACUA